AUGUAUUCAACGGCCACCAACAGUAGAUCGCAAGAGCCUGUCGAUCAGCUCCCAAGUCCCUCGAGUUCCAGCGGGCAACAACUGUCUGUCAUAGAACGCAGCAGACCUGCAACGCUUUCGCCUGCGCCUAAGCUUCCCAUUCCGCGAUUGGGCUCUACCCCAAUCAGCCGCCAACGCACACCGCGCGCCUGUGAAUUAUGUCGUGAGCGCAAAACCAAGUGUGACGGCUCAAAACCGAUUUGCAAACAGUGUCGGCUACUGAAAAUUGCCUGUACUUAUUCUUGUUCCAAACGCGAAAGACAGCAGCUUGCGAUUGAAUGUGCCCGAGCGAAGGUCAAGGUUUACGAAUCAGUGCUGCGACGGAUCUACGACGAAAGCCGAAAAGAAGGUCGCACCUCCAUCGAGGAGAUAUUCCAUAAACACUUUCUUGCUUCACCAGAAGUAUUCUCUUCGUUCCUCGGCUCGAAGUCGCUGUUUGAGCAACAGCCUUCUCCGCCAAACCCAGGACUGUCUUUGCAUCGCAUGCAUAUGGCAUGGGCGAGGAGGAAUGGCAGUAGAACGUCGCACUUAUGCCAAGAACCACAACUCCGGACCAAGGGCAUUCGAGCUUGGACUUCUCUUGUGGACGAUGAGGUCGCAAGCCAUCUUCUUUCGCUCUAUUUCGCGUGGGAAAAUCCCACAUGGCAACUUGUUGAUCAGCAUCUGUUUCUCAGAGACCUAGCGAGUGGGUCCAGGAAAUUCUGCUCUCCACUGUUGGUCCACACCCUUCUCUUUUUUGGCUGUAGCUCCUCCUACAGUUUGGACCGGAUAACCGAUCGACAAGAGGAAAAAUCACUUGGCAAAAAGUUAUACGCUGAGAUUCAGCACCUCUGGCAAAUCGAGAAGGACCAGCUGAACCUCCCAGUUGCGCAGUCCAGUAUCUUGAUUGGCAUCCUUUGUUGUACUCUGGGUAUCGAUAGACUGGGAACGAAAUAUAUCCUUCACGGCGCAGAGCUAUGUCACAAACUAGACCUACACUGCGAGUCACCGGCGUAUCUCUACAGCAACGUUGACCGGGAUGAGCUAGGCCCAAUAUCAAGAUGCCAUAAACUGGUCGCUUGGGCCGUAUUCGACGUGCAAGCGCUAGCUGCACAGGUUUAUAGGAAGAUGCCAGUUUGGGAACAGCCGCCAGCUGUAUGCUUCUCCCUACACGAGGCGGCAGUACUGGAUGAAGGCGCCGAGUGGAGCCCCUACCCUUUUAAAUUUCCGGUUCAACAGCCUUUUUACUACACUGCCGCCUGCUACCGCAGCGCUCUCGUGAUGAUUGUUCAUGAGAUUGCUAUAGCGGGCAUUAAAUUUUCGAAGACCGGCAUUUCAAGCGACGAUUGGCAGUACGCUCGUCAGCAACAUCAGAAGUUAUGCGAUUGGAUGAGCAGCCUGCCGUCAUGUGCGAUGCCCCAAUCCAACACAACCCCACAUAUACUAUGUUUGCACUUGUACUACCAAGCCACCCUUGUAUUUCUAGGUGAUAUGUUUAUCCUAUAUUCAAAGGUGACACGCAAUGACGAAUCGAAUCUGGCAUGGUUCGAUCCCUGGAGUGUAAAGUCUCGGGCCCUAGAUGCUGUUGGGUCUCUCAUUCUGCGGUACAAACAACAUCACGGAUGGAAGUCAAUUCCUCUUGUGUUCCUUCACUAUUUCUGCCUGGCAGGGGUCCAUACAAUAUCGCAGUUGGAACCCCAGGAGCCGAAAUGGAGUCUUAUCUUGGAGAGCUGUGUGGUGGGUCUCUGGCAUAUGAGUCUUGGUUGGGGCAGGCUGUGCACAGCGUUUCUCAGGACGAUUGAGCUUGUACUCAAGGCGAGCAAACUCGACGAGUCGCUCAUACCCACAAAGGUGACCGUGAUUUUUAAACAACUGAACACCACUCUUUGGACUGCCACAGAUAUUUCCUCUCUAUCUGCAGACUAUGUCGUGCACCAUGUUCCAGUUCCUAGCGAGUCCGCCGCAGGAUCCGAAUUCAAGGCCGAAGGUCUAGAGAACCUGAUCCGUAGCAUGGAUCAUCUUUCUAUAAACUGA